AUGAAGUUCAUCACCACCAUCGCAGCUUUCCUGCUGGCCGUCACGGCGGAAGCCGGUGGAAAGAAGGGUUGGGGCGGCGAGUACCCUCCGAUCCCCGCCGACAUGACUGUGAAAGAGGCAGCAAGGAAGUGCGGUGACCAGGCUCAGCUCUCCUGCUGCAACAAGGCCAUCCGCGCCGGCGACAAGACCGACGUUGGGGGCGCUCUGAAGAACCUUCUCGGCGGUGGAUCUGGCGAGGAAGGCGUGGAGAUUUUCGACCAGUGCUCCCAUCUGGGUCUGCAAAUUCCUAUCAUUGCAAUUGCUGUCCAGAAUAUCCUGAACGACGAAUGCAAACAGAAUGUGGCCUGCUGCCAGACGAACCCCAGCACUGCAGGCAACGAUUUGAUUGGUGUCGACCUGGCCUGUAUCGCACUUGGAAAUCUGCUGUGA